AUGUCUGACGUCCCACCAACUACACCAUUUAUGAAGCCUGAAUGGGUGUCGGUCUGUGGUGAAUGUGGUGAUGAGCUGGCAUGGCGCGUGGUUAGUUCAAGCAAGAACGACAACCGUGGGCGGUGGUAUGCUAUGUGCUCUAAGAAGACGCCUGCAGGAAAACCUGAGUUCUUUCAGUGGGGGUCUCCAAAGUCUUCGCCGAACCAAUCUCCCCCCGACCUAUCACCGACUUUGCGUUCUGGCUCAUUGUCACCUAUCGCCAUUCCUGACGCCAGCUCCAAUACUCACUAUUGCGCUGUUCUUGGCUGCAAGUCAUGCCGUGUCGCUGUUGGUUGCGAGCAUCAAUGCUGCCGCAAGCACUGUCUUGCUUUUGGCGGGUGCCACCUUAAGAAGCAUAAGCUAUCUCCAGCUGAACGUCAACGCUUUGCUGCCAUCGAUCCUGCAUUAUUGGUCCCACCAAAUCCUCACCACCGUAAUUCAAUGACUCCAUCGGACACCCCAGAUUCAAUUCAACCCACCCCAGACCUAGAGACGCGUGCUCCUACCCCAAUCCUACCCCAUGAAACGUCUUAUGCCACCCUUCCACCAACAUCUAUGACUCCUGCAACCACUCGAGAAUCGUCUGCCGGGCCAUCCAAACUUCCUAUCACACGCACAAAGAAGGGUAAAGCUCGUGCUGUCGAAGAUGUUGAUAUGCUCGCACAUUCUCGCCAUCCAUCACAACUUCCACCGGUCUUCACGCAACGCUAUGCUGAACAAGAGCUGAUCCUCCAGCAGCAGAAAACCCGAGAUGCUGAACAGCGUGACCUUGCACGGUGUGCAGCCAACACCAUUCAUGCCUAUGGCUGGUCCAAGGAUGGCAAUGAGGCCGAGAUGUUUGAGGUCCAGAAUGGAUUUACCUAUCCCCAGCUCCGGAUGACUGCCUCCAUCCUUUCCGCUCUAGGCUUGACUGCUGGCGAGGACGGCUCCUCCAUGCUGCAGUACUAUAACACUGCAAGGAGCAGAUGGAUCAAUAUCAUCCAGGGUCAUGUCAUCACUCUUGACAUGCACCAUAUCUUUGUGCGCAACAUCGGUGUCUCUGUCAUGCCCGACUUUGAUACCAUAUUUCGUGGCUGUGAUGCCAGUGAAGCUGGCGUCCCAAACAUCCGAACCAAUCUCCAAGCCGAGCGUGCAGCUGUUCGCAAUGCCAACAACCGUGAUCUACUGAAGCUGACGUCUUCAAAGAGACUAGGUUCAGUAAUUGAGGUCUCUAGCGGUUCAGACGAUGAAGUCGUUGCUCCUGGCAAACGCAAGACUGCUGCCCGCCAUCAGGACCAGCAUGGCCCUACCCGUCGUAUACGUACCAAUACCGGUGGAUCAUCACACCCUCCUACCAUUAUGGUGGAACGCUCACUGGGCACCAUCGAGCUUACUUCAGAUGAUUCCGACGAUAGCCUUCUUACGACUGGUCCCUUAUUCCGUCUUCCUGUCAUCACAGAACGAAAUUCACUGGGCACCGUCAAACUCGCUUCAGAUGAAUCUGAUGAUGCUAUCACAGCAUCGCCUACUGGUCUGACAGCUGGCAACCCCAUUGAUGUCGACUCCUUCAAUCUCAAACGCACCUGGCCAAGAAGUUUCUAUACAUGUGAAGUUGCCGAUGUCUUUGAAGCUGCGGCAGUUGAUGAUGGGAGAAGCCUAAAGACGAAGUUCGAGGAUGUGUAUGGUCCUGAUGUACGCUUCUACGCAUCAACUUUCAGUGAUCACCUCAAGCGCUGGAAAGCUGCUUCUCCCUCAUCUCGUUCGGAGUUCAUUGAAGCAGGAAAGACCGAUGACGGUCUGUACUCAAGGUUUAUGAAGGCAAACCCUGCGCCAGGGGGGGAAGUCAAAGCUGUGAAGAAGCGCCUUGCGCGCAUGCGUGGCUAG